UCAGUAUCGCGCUAAACUCGUCAGUCGCUUACGGUCAGAUGAUCUCCGACUUGCGAGACUGCCGCGCGCUUUCGUUCCCGACUUCCCAACAUUCGUGCUUAUAAUCCAGUGCCUUAUUGACGUUUUACAUAAAAGGAAAACAUUUUGUGAUUCUACUGAAAUAGUGUAUGUGCAACGAUUUGGUUUAGAAGCUGAGAAACCAUGAAACGGUGAAACACUUUCACGAAGCCGAUGAAAUACUGUCAGCUAUUAUAAUUUACUGUAAGCGAAAACAAAGAUCAAAAUGAGAAGAUUACAGAAGUGCUGUUGUUGUGCGUCGACGCGGACCGGGACGAUUUUCACCGGCGUAUUAGGAAUUAUUCUCUCCAUCGCCACGAUUAUCACCGUGUGGGUUGCUAACAAGCAUAAUGUUUCCUACAGGACAUUUAUCUUCGCGGAGGACUUUGAUAAAAAGUUGUCAGAUAUGGAUAUUCCCAGGAUAAUAUUAACGGUCAACUUGUGUUUCACAAUUUUAAUAUGCGCACUACUCAUCGUGGCAGUUUUAAAGAGACGCUCUUGGUUGAUGCUGCCGUGGGUGGUGCUUGGUAUCGUGCUGGCGAUUGGAUUACUCAUAAGCGUCCUCCAUACUUCAAUUACCUACUACCUCGAUGAACAGGACCACGUCAUUUUAGCCACUUGCAUCCUAAUUGGCGGACUGAUAUAUUUGGGCAUAUACCUCUAUCUAUGGGCAGUUGUAUUUAGCCAUUAUCUAGAUGUUCGCGACGAAGAAGAACGGGGUCGAUACCGAAAAGCUCCAUACAAACGAUGAAAAAACCACUGAAAUAAAUCAUACAUUAUAAACUGUUAUAAGCGCCUUUAUAUGUCGUCAGUGAUAUUUAUCAACAUCUCACGUGAAAAAAAUAAUAUUAAGUUCAUUUUAAAUUAACAAAAUUGGUAAAAUUAUAUAGAUUGAAUGUUUGUUAAAAGUAUCGUGCAUAUAAAUUGACGACCAUAUUUUAAUAUAUUACAUUAAUUGCUUUAUAAUAAGUAAGAAAGGCUUUAUGUAAUAAACAAAUAAGAAACUGAAGAUUAUAUCAAUAUUAAUCGAUUGUGUGAAGUACAAAAAUAUAUAAAUAAUAUCAACGAAUAUCAACUUUAAUGAAUUAUUGUCUGAGAGUAUUCUUGUAAUUGCAAAGAUUGAAUAUUUUCUUUAUUUACCUUCAAAGACUGUAUGACACAAAAUAUAUGAUUUAUAUACAGACACAAUAAAUAAUAUAAUAUACAAU